AUGUAUAUAAUACCUAGUUUUGGAAUGUAUCUCGAACAUUCAUCAGGAGCGGGUCUUGUGGUUUCGAGUAGUUCAAAGGAUUGUUGUAGCUCAUUCGAUAAAGCAUUAAAAGAUGUAUAUAAUACCUAG